AUGUGGCGAUCGUUAGCCAAAUACGCACGUCAGCAAAUUGUGCAGUCAGAAUCAUCUCAAGUCGAAUCCAUUCUUGAAUUAUGGUAUUUGAGGCUGUUAGCGUUAACGAAGCUAGGUCUCUGUCAGCUUGCUUCUGCCGAAUUUGAAAAACUUGGUGAUUUUGAACGGCCGGAAUUAUGUGAUCCAAAUACCCAAGAAUCACUUGUACCCUUCGAACUACGUGUGCUAUUCGCUACACUACCGGUGCACUUAAAAUAUCCCACUGUCGCUUUAGAAAGGAUCACGUUACUGAUUGUAUAUUGCAAAAGAAUGCAAAUAAAGAAGAAUAAGGCAACUAGCAGCAAUAGCAAUAAAGGAGAUAAUGGGGACAUUUGGGAGCAGCGCGAACUACAGAUGUAUUUGGUGUUAGCAACGCAUUUGGUACAUAUGAAAGACUUUACAGCGGCAGCAGAGGUGCUGAGUAGAGUUUCGAAAAGAGCUCCUGAUGACUUGGACAUAUUAUACAGUUUAGGGCAAUUGUAUCUCCAAAUGGGUGAUUUAAAAUCGGCUAGCAAAGUAUUCCAACAGGCCCAAAACAAGUAUAAUAAUGCUAGCAAUAACGAUGAACAGAUGGGUUCUUCUUCAGAAAUGAAAGCGACAGAUAUCAAUAAAACAUUCGAGUCGAUAGCACAAGGAAAUUGGUCUAAAGCGCGGGAUAGUUUGGAAACAAUGAACCAACAUAAUGAUAAUCCUACGAUGGUCAAUAAUCUGGCCGUAUGCGAGCUUUAUUUGGGUAAUUUGAGUAAGGCUAUCAAAAUAAUCGAAGAUUUGAUAUUGAAGCAUCCGGCUUCUGCUGGCAUUUGCGAAACUACACUCAUGAACCUUUGCACACUAUAUGAAUUGCGUUACGAAAACUCGAACCAAAAGAAACUUGAAUUACUGAAACAGGUAGCUGCUUGGGUUGGUGACUCUUUUCAACCUACUUGUUUGAAAUUACAAUAA